AAUAAAGUUCUUCAGAAUCUCUGCGAACAAGGAAGAUUAAAGGCUGCAGCCAGAUUGAUUGAUGUUAUGGCUCGGAAAAAUCAAAUUCCUCACUUCCCUUCUUGCACGAAUUUAAUUCGAGGCUUUAUUAAACUAGGUCAGAUAGAUAAAGCUUGCAGAAUACUGAAAAUUAUGAUAAUGUCUGGUGGUGUUCCUGACAUAAUUACAUACAACAUGAUUGUUGGUGGGCUGUGUAAAAGAGGUCACUUAAGAUCUGCCAUUGAUAUUCUGGGAGAUAUGAGCUUGAGUGGUUGCACCCCAGAUGUAAUUACCUAUAAUACAAUAAUUCGUUGCAUGUUUGAUAAUAGAGAAUUUGAUCAGGCUGUUAGUUUCUGGAAGGACCAAUUGAGAAAGGGAUGUCCGCCUUAUCUGAUUACGUACACAGUUCUUAUCGAGCUGGCAUGCAAAUAUUGUGGCACUGUUCGGGCCUUAGAAGUAUUAGAAGAUUUUGCAACAGAGGGCUGUUAUCCUGAUAUUAUAACAUAUAACAGUCUCGUUAAUUUCACUUGUAAACAGGGGAGAUAUGAGGACACUGCUUUGGUUAUUUUAAAUCUUCUAUCCUAUGGGAUGCAGCCCAAUAAUGUGACAUACAACACUCUGAUCCACUCCCUUUGUAACCGCGGAUGUUGGGAUGAAGUCGAUGAGAUUUUGAUCAUCAUGAAUGAGACUUCCAGACCUCCCACAGUUGUUACGUACAAUAUUCUGAUUAAUGGAUUGUGCAAGAGUGGACUUCUAGAUCGUGCGAUAAGCUUCUACAAUAUAAUGGUUUCUCAGAACUGUUCACCGGACAUUGUUACUUACAAUACUCUUCUAGGUGCUAUGUGUAAGCAGGGAUUUGUGGAUGAGGGCAUCCAGUUACUUCACUUUUUGGUCAGUACUAGCUGUUCUCCUUGUUUGAUUACCUAUAAUACUGUAAUUGAUGGGUUGGCCAAAGUGGGAUCUAUGGAUAAAGCAAAAGAGUUAUACAGUGAAAUGGUAGAAACGGGAUUCAUUCCAGAUGAAAUCACUCACCGUACUCUGAUUUGGGGAUUUUGCCGAGCAGGGCAAGUUGAGGAUGCUGUGGAGCUAUUACAGAAGAUGUACAACGAAGAACAUAGCAUUGGGAAUUCUGCUUACAAACUUGUCAUCCUUGGAUUAUGUAGACAAAAAAAGGUCGAUGUUGCCAUUCAAGUUCUAGAUAUGAUGAUAAAAGAUCAAUACAAGCCAGAUGACGGGAUAUAUUUGGCUAUAAUUAAAGCUGUUGCGGACGGGGGGAUGAUUAAAGAGGCAAAUGAUUUGCAUCAGAGGUUAGUUGAAAGGAAGAUUCUGAAAAAUGGAACCAUUUUGAGUUGAUUGGAAUCUGCCCGCAAAGACUAUCUUGCUUGAAUGAUUCUGGCCGUGUGCAAAUUUUGCAAUUCUAUGAGGCGAUUUGUGUAAUUAUAUUUGUUUGAGAGUACUGAGCUCUUUUCGUUUGUUAAAGUAUUUUGGUGUAUACCAUGAGUUUUGUCCUUUCUAAAUCACAGUAUUUACAUCAUUGAUGCAGCUGCUUUUAUAAGUUGGAAUCAAACAUGAGAUCUGCUAUUCUGCUA